AUGGUCGUGAAUGCUCGCUUCGCUGGUCCCAGUGCACAGAUUCGCUCGCGUCCUGCUCAUUUCACAGCGGCACCUCCCCGCCUAGCGCGCAUCUCCAGCGCCCGUGCCGCCUUUUUCUCCGCUCGCCUCCCGCUCGUCCCCGCCACGCGCCUAUCCGUCCCACCGCGCCGCACCAAUGGAGGGGCCGUGCGCGUCGCGGCGACCACGUCGGGCGGGCAGGGCUCCGCGGGGUCGGUGGCGGUAGGCUCUUUCCGCGCGGGACAAAAGCGCGCGGAGGUGCGCCUUCCUGCGCUGCUGCUGACGCUGACCAGCGCGGAAGUUUUGCGCGGAGGGGCGCAGGGCAGCGCGGAGGCGGUGGACGCGGCGGUGGCGGGGGGCGCGACCAUGGUGGUGGUGGGGGAGGAGGGCGCGGGCGGCGCGGGCAUGGAGCUGUUCGAGGCGGCGUGCGCCGUGAAGGAGGUGGUGCGCGGGCGAGUGCCGCUGCUGGUGGCGGAACGCGCGGAUAUCGCCGCCGCUGCCGGCGCUGAUGGCGUCCUGCUGUCCGAUAACGGUCAACGCACACACCGCAUCGCACAUGCCUCACAUGCCACACCCAUGCUCACAUGCCGCACCCAUGCUCACCUGCCGCACCCAUGCUCACAUGCCGCACCCAUGCUCACAUGCCGCACCCAUGCUCACAUGCUGCACCCAUGCUCACAUGCUGCACCCAUGCUCACAUGCCGCACCCAUGCUCACAUGCCGCACCCAUGCUCACAUGCCGCACCCAUGCUCACAUGCUGCACCCAUGCUCACAUGCUGCACCCAUGCUCACAUGCUGCACCCAUGCUCACAUGCCGCACCCAUGCUCACAUGCUGCACCCAUGCUCACAUGCUGCACCCAUGCUCACAUGCUGCACCCAUGCUCACAUGCUGCACCCAUGCUCACAUGCCGCACCCAUGCUCACAUGCCGCACCCAUGCUGCACCCAUGCUCACAUGCUGCACCCAUGCUCACAUGCUGCACCCAUGCUCACAUGCCGCACCCAUGCUCACAUGCCGCACCCAUGCUGCACCCAUGCUCACAUGCUGCACCCAUGCUCACAUGCUGCACCCAUGCUCACAUGCCGCACCCAUGCUCACAUGCUGCACCCAUGCUCACAUGCUGCACCCAUGCUCACAUGCUGCACCCAUGCUCACAUGCCGCACCCAUGCUCACAUGCCGCACCCAUGCUCACAUGCUGCACCCAUGCUCACAUGCUGCACCCAUGCUCACAUGCCGCACCCAUGCUCACAUGCUGCACCCAUGCUCACAUGUCGCACCCAUGCUCACAUGCCGCACCCAUGCUCACAUGCCGCACCCAUGCUCACAUGCCGCACCCAUGCUCACAUGCCGCACCCAUGCUCACAUGCCGCACCCAUGCUCACAUGCCGCACCCAUGCUCACAUGCCGCACCCAUGCUCACAUGCCGCACCCAUGCUCACAUGCCGCACCCAUGCUCACAUGCCGCACCCAUGCUCACAUGCCGCACCCAUGCUCACAUGCCGCACCCAUGGCUCGCAGCCCUCGCCUCUCACGGCCACCGUCCUUCAUCCUCCCACAUCGCUCUCCCUGCUUCUGAACCUGCCGCUUUUGUGCCUUUCCCAAUGCCCUCAGCAUUACGGCCAAACCUCUUCCCGUCUUCCAUCCCUCUCACGCCUAUGUCUGCCACUCCUCUCGUCUCCCCUCCGCUUCCCCCAUCUUUCCGUGGUCGCGCCCCUCGCUCUCUCUGCGCCCCGCGUCCCCCCAUGCCUGCGCCCACGUGCAGGCCUACCAGCAGUGGCAGCGCGGCGCAUGAUGGAGAGUGCGGCGUCGGGCCCGCUGCUGCCGCUCGUGGCGCGCCGAGUGGCGUCCGUGGCCGCCGCAGUCACCGCCACCACCGCUGACGGCGCCGACCUCAUCCUGCUCGCGCCCUCCGCUGCCGCAUCAGGGCGGGCUGCUAUCAGUGCCAGCAGUGCAGGGCGCAGUGCUGAUGCGGCAGCAGUGGCGCAGGUGAGGGCGCGGCAGGUGAGCAUCCCCGUGCUGGUGCAGCGGGGCGAGGGGGCCGCGUGGGCAGGGGGCGAGGGCGUGCAGUGGGUGCGCGGUGUCAUGGGCAGCGGCGCUGCUGGCGUGGCCGUUACUCUCUCCUCGCUGCUGCAGGCGGCAGCAACAGAACCAGCCGAAGCAGCAGAAGGAGCGGACGGAGCAGAAGCAGGGGAAGUAGGGGGUGUGGGAGGUGGCGGGGAGAGCAGGGCGAUGCGCGCAGCGGUGGGGCGCGUGGUGGGCGCCAUGGCUGAUGCUCGGUGGGUCACCAAGGGCAUGGGGGAGGGCGCGGGGGAGGAGAGUGAGACGGAGAGUGAGGGGGAGAGUGAGGAGGAGGGGGAGGAAGUGGGCAUGGGAGUGGGAGGUGCAGCAGGGGGCGAGGUCCUAGGGCGUGGGGACGUGGAGGAGGUGAGGGAGGAGGUGGAGCAGGUGCUAUCUGGCGUGGGGGGGCCUCCGGGGCCCGCUGCUGCGAGUGCUGUGGCGGGGGAGGAUGUGCGCUUGCAGGCGGCAGGGGAGGGGGAGGGGGAGGGGGAGAAGGGCGAGAAGGGGGAGAAGGAGGAGGAAGAGGAGGAGGAGGGCGAGGGCAGGGAGGGGCGGGGGGUGCUGGACGUGGAGGGGCGACGGAUCAUGAAGGCGGAGAGGAAGCUGCUCUCCUCGCUGCUCGCCCUGCUCCGUGCUGCUUGCCCCGAUAUGGCGGAGAUACAGCUGUUGGAGGACUCCCUCGCGCGCCUGGGGGAACCCUUCCUCGUCGUCGUCGUGGGCGAGUUCAACUCGGGCAAGUCGUCGCUGGUGAACGCGCUGCUGGGGGACGCCUUCCUGAAGGUGGGGGUGGUGCCCACCACCAACGAGAUCACGCUGCUGCGCCACCUCGACACCUCGCCCUCCUCGCAGCUGCGUGCACGUGCCGCUCAGGCCGCGUCCAGUGCAGCGCUGUCGGCAGCAGCAGCGGGGUCGCAGAGGGGUGCGGUGGCGGGGCGGGCGGCAGCGAGGGCGGUGGCGGGGCGCAUGGCGGUGGAGGAGCAGCGCCACCCCGACGGCCACAUGAUCCGCUUCCUGCCCGCCGACCUCCUCAAACAGAUGAACGUGGUGGACACGCCCGGCACGAACGUCAUAUUGGAGCGGCAGCAGCGCCUCACAGAGGAGUUCGUGCCCCAGGCUGACCUCGUGCUCUUCGUGCUCUCCGCCGACCGCCCCCUCACCGAGUCUGAGGUAUCAUUCCUGCGCUACAUCCGGCAGUGGGGCAAGAAGGUGGUGUUUGCGCUCAACAAGGUCGACUCGCUCUCCUCGCCCGCGGACGUGAGGGAGGUGCAGGAGUUCGUGACAGCCAACGUGAAGCGCCUGCUGGCAGUCGACACCGUGCUGUGCUUCCCCCUCGCCUCGCGCCCCGCCCUCGCCGCCAAGCUCCUCCACAACGCGCCCUACCCCUUCCCCCCCGCGCCCUCGCCCGCCCUCUCCUCCUCCGCCGCCGCCGCCAUCCCGCCGCCCGACCCCGCCGCCCAAGCCGCAGCCGUCCGCCUGCGCAACGACCCGUCCUACCAGGCGUCAGGCUUCGCCGACCUCGAGAUCUUCAUCCAGCAGUUCCUGGAAGGUUCCUCCGACGCGGGAGCAGAGCGGCUGCGGCUGAAGCUGGACACGCCGCUGGGAGUGGCGUCGGCGCUGCUGGCGGGCGCGGAGGCGCAGUUAACAGCGCAGGCGGAGGCGGCAGCGCGGGACGACGAGGCGCUGGCGGCGGUGGAGGCGCAGAUGGAGGGGUACGGCGCCGCCAUGCGCACCGACUCCCUGCUGCAGCGCUCCCGCGUGGCCGCACUCGUGAGGGAGGCGGCGGGAAGGGCGGAGGAGUUUGUGGAGGCCACGCUGCGGCUGGGCAAUGCUGACGUCAUGAUUCAGUACCUGUUCUCACCGCCUGGUGGGGGUGGUGGGGGAAGUGGUGAUGGGGCGAGUGGCAGUGGCGGCAUGCUGCCUGUGAGCAAGAGCUUUCAGACUCAGAUCGUGGGCACCGUGGUGGCUGAUGUGCGGAGAGCGCUGGUGGAGCACCACGUGUGGCUGCGCUCCAACAACGCGCGCCAGCUCGCCAGCUACCGCGACUUCGCCCGCACCCGCUGGCCCUCCGUGCCGCCCGCCCCCGCGCUGCCGGGCAGUGAGGAGGAGGGCGAGAGCGAGGGCGAGGAGGGGAGGAUUCCCGAGACGGUUGGCAUUCUGGAGGGGUUCAGCCCGCGCGCUGCUGCUCUGCUGCUGGAGGAAGAAAUGCGGGAGUCGGUGGUGAGCACGGUGACAGGGCUGGGAGUGGCAGGGGUGUCGGCGUCGGUGCUCACGGCCGUGCUGCAGUCGUCCCUGGAGGACCUGCUCGCCCUCACUGUCUGCACCGCUGGCGGCUCCCUGAAUGUGCUCACCUUCCCACAGCGGCGGGAGAAGGUGAAGGGCAAGAUACGGCAGCGGGCAGCGGGGCUCAUCAAGCGCCUGGAGGAGGGGCUGGAGGGCGAGCUGCAGAGUCGCCUGGCUGACCUGGAGACUCGCAUCCGUGCUGAGCUGGCACCGUACCGCCGCGCUGUGGAUGAUGAGCUUGUGCGCGUGGAUGCUCUGCAAUCGCAGCUGCAGACGUCCACUCAGCAGCUUGAGGAGCUAAGGCAACGGGUCCGCAAUCUUGCCGUAUGA